UUCAGUCUCUGCCUGUCCUGUCACAUGCAGGAUGGAUGCAAUCAACUAGCGUUAUUUAAUUUGCGGGAUAAAUGUACAACAAUCAGGCCCUCUGUGGAUAUUUAUUAGCCUGAUAUUUCAUAAGCAGUGACGUCAGGACUGUGCUAGACUUUGGAUGGAGUCAGCACCCAAGUUUUCAUUGUCUUGUGUAGUCGCAGCCAGGAACCGCAGGGUUCGGGAUUCAGGCCACCCUGUUCAACAGCAAGAGAAGAAUGGUCAAGUAUUUCUGUAACAGCGCAGACAUCAGGAGUACGUGGGACCACGUUGUCUCUGCUUUUUGGCAGAGGUACCCAAACCCAUUCAGCACUCAUGUUCUCACAGAGGACGUUGUGUACCGGGAGGUGACUGCGGAUAACCGGCUCCUCUCCAGACGCCUCCUGAUGAAGACCAAUCGGCUGCCUCGCUGGGCAGAGCACAUCUUCCCCUCUGGCAUGGCUCGCUCUGUGUACAUCAUCGAGGACUCCAUCGUGGACCCCGUCAACAGGAGCCUGACCACCUACACCUGGAACCUGAACCACACGACUCUCAUGUCGGUUGAGGAGCGUUGUAUUUUCCGAGACUCGGCGGAGCAGCCAGCCACCACCCAGCUGAAACGGGAGGCAUGGAUAUCUUCAAAUGUUUACGGCUUCUCCAGACCUAUUCAGGAGUUUGGAUUGGCCCGAUUCAAGAGCAACCAGGUGAAGGCCAUGAAAGGGCUGGAAUACGCUUUGACCAACUUACAGGGAGAGACGCCCCAGCGGCUGCUCAGGGACACAGUGAAGGACGCAUCAGAAAAGGCCAAAGAGGCAGCCAAGAGCCUGGCUUCUGCUGCUGCUGUCCCACAGAAACCCCAGCAGUACGUCUGACAGGACAGUGACAUGACCUCAACGCGAUGCCUUUUGAUCGUCUCGAUCGUCUCAACUGGACUGAAGUUUUCUGAGAUCUUGCUGAUCUCUUUCUUCUUUCAAAUGAAGCAGCCUGUCUCCUCUACGGUUUGACUUCUAUCUUUUUCUGUCUCUGUCCUCAGCUCUCUGUCUUUGUUAAAUCUCAGGUCCUGAGCCUUUUGUCUGAAACAUUUUGCCUUUGUGGAAACAUUCAGAUUGUGACCAGCAGCACCCUUUAAUGCUGUAACUACGUCAGGUAUGAAUGCACAUGUCCAUCUUUUGCCAUAUAUGUAAUCAUCAGAGUAUCUAUUUUGGUAUUUUGAAUAUUUAUUAUAUUUUCAUGCAAAAUGAUAAAUAAUUUCACCACUUUAAGACAUGCAUCAGCUGUUGUAACACUGAGAUAUUAUUGUGCUUUUGGCACUGGUCCGGCCGUAAGUUCACAUUAGACUACAUCACAAUGCUGUUGCUGUGUAUUUUCAAAUUAACAUACACAAGGAAGGACGGGGAUCCUGAUUUGAUGGUUGCACGCAGCAUAUAUUUUUCAGUCAAUCUAUAAUGACAAUUUCCUCAUGAUUUCUUCCUUAUUUGACAUUUUCUAGAUUUUAGACUGAACUCAAACACAUCAGCACACAGUGCGUUACAGGUCUAAGCACACAGCGUAUUCUGUGAUAGUGCGUACAUUAAUUAAAAGAAAUGGUGUAAAUGCUACUGGUGAGUCACUGCCAGAACGGCCUGUGCUGAAGCUUUGAUAAUCACAAGAUACCAAAGUGACUUCUGUGGAAAAAAAAUCAGACUGAGCAAAGUUCUCACAGCUCUGCGCUGAUUUACUCUGUAAUGUGAUUAGCCUUUAACUGUAUGCCUGAGGUGCGAUAGUGAAAAUAUUUUAGAUUUCAGUCUGCCUGUUGAUAUGAAGCUUAAGCUGUGAUUAAGAUGAUAUAUUAUUGUAAAGAUUUCAUUGAUUGCAUUCCUUUUUAGGUGGAUUUUUUUU